GUGCCCGCCCGCCCCGCGCAGCGCCCGGGAGGCGGCGCGGCGGGGGCGCCCCGGCGGCAGGCCCGCCCCGCGCGGUGCCCGCCGUCACUGCCGCGGGCGCUCGGGCCGCCGGCGCCUCCCCCGCCGCCGCCUCCCCCGCCGCCGCGGCGGCCUGAUGCGGCACCCGGCACCGCCCCGCCCGGCUUUUUCUCUCCUUCUACCCGCGAAGCCUUCGCUCUGAUAUCUCCGGGGGCGAGGCGGGGGCGGUGACGCCCUGUGCCCGGAGCGCCGGCCAUGCGGGGCGCGGCCCCCGGCGGCCCCGCGGCGGGCGGCGGGCGCUGAGCGCGGGCGGCGGCGAUGCCGAUGCCGGGGGGCGGUGGGGCCGCGGCCGCCGCCAGGCAGCCCCCGUCCGGCGAGGCGGCGGCGCCGCGGGACGAGGAGCAGCAGGAGGAGGAGGGCGAGGAGGAUCUCCGCGACGGCGGCGUCCCCUUCUUCGUCAACCGCGGCGGGCUGCCCGUGGACGAGCCCACCUGGGAGCGGAUGUGGCGGCAUGUGGGCAGGAUCCACCCCGAGGGGGAGCGGGUGGCGCAGAGGAUCCGGGGCGCCGCCGACCUGCCCAAGAUUCCCAUACCAAGUGUGCCUGUGUUCCAGCCGUCCACCCCCAUCCCUGAGCGCCUGGAAGCUGUACAGCGCUACAUCAGGGAGCUUCAGUACAAUCACACUGGGACACAAUUCUUUGAGAUUAAGAAGAGCAGACCUCUGACUGGGCUGAUGGACCUGGCCAAAGAAAUGACCAAAGAGGCCCUGCCAAUAAAAUGCCUGGAAGCUGUGAUCCUGGGAAUUUACCUCACCAACAACAUGACCACACUGGACCGUUUCCCCAUCAGCUUCAAAACCCACUUCUCAGGGAACUACUUCCGACACAUUGUGCUGGGGGUGAACUUUGGAGGCCGCUAUGGGGCACUGGGCAUCAGCCGACGCGAGGAGCUUAUGUACAAAGCACCCGUCUUCCGCACACUGAGCGAACUCAUCUUUGACUUCGAGGAGGCAUAUCGCCGCUGCUGGCACACGCUCAAAAAGGUGAAGCUGGGCCACUGUGUGUCCCAUGACCCACACAGUGUGGAGCAGAUUGAGUGGAAGCGCUCCGUCCUGGAUCUAGACAAGCUAACCAGGGAAGACUUUCGCAAAGAGCUUGAGAGACAUGCCCGUGAUAUGAGGCUGAAGAUUGGGAAAGGAACUGGACCACCAUCUCCCACUAAGGACAGAAAGAAAGAUGUCUCCUCCCCACAAAGAGGUCAGGCCAGCCCCCAUCGACGCAACAGCCGUGGGGACCGACGGCCGUCUGGUGAGAAGAAGCCUGCCGAUUCCAAAGCCAUGCCAGACCUCAAUGGGUACCAGAUCCGGGUGUGAGGAGAGCUGUGCCUUGUGUGCCUAGCUCCAUAGACUUCUUGCUGGUCACAGUUGGGACCUGGAUCCACCUGCAGUGAUUCUGACAAAGGGAACAUGGGAACAGGAGCAAAAGAGUGCUGAUUUUCCCAGGUACUUACUACUGGGCCAGUCCCAGAGCUGGAUCCCAUGGGUCCCAGAGGAUUCACCUGUCUGUUUCUGGGAGAGGUAUCCAUCUUAAUUCACUAAGUAUUUUUAAAAAAAAAAAAAAGGAAAAAAAAAUGUUCUGUACAUUGGUGGGAAUUUGCUUCAGGAAGAAUAUGGAGUGAGUGGGGUCAGCAGACUUGCUAUCAACUUUUUUGCCUUUACAGCAAGUAGAUGAAGCGUCUUGUCAACAGUACUUCUUCCCUGUCUGCACAGAAGUCUUCAAUCCACGGAAGGCCUACAGGGCUGAGGGAGAAGUGCUGCUGGAAUGGGAUGGCCCCCAAAUCUUGUGCAAAAACUCCUGGUUUUGUCAUUAUGAACACUUUGUUUAUCAUUUCUCAUGUGAGACAGGUCUUAAUUUGCUCAGCCCAAUUUAUUGAUCAUAGGAAGUCCUCUUAUCCAGCAAAAACAUAUCCUGUAUGUUUAGUCCCGCCUAUUUCAAAGCAUUUCAUUGUCUCUGAGGGAGUAGACAGUGGGAUGAUGAACCUCUUUGCCCACUGCAGUGCUGGUGAACUGUUGCUGUAAGUCCUUUUGUGGUUGAGUGGGUCAGGAUAUGCCUAUGCCAUUACCAUAUGAAAACAGGCACAGAGACCUCAAUUGUCCCAGCAAUGGAGACAGGGUAGGCAGGGGCUGAUGGGAACCCUGAACUUUGAGUCAUCUCUUCAUCAGCCUUCUGUCUAUUACUUCUAGUAAGUGCUACUGUGAAGGCUUGUGGAAGGCACUUCAGUCACUGAGAUAUGAGUUUUAAGAGUAAAAAGUUAAAGAAGAAUGUAAUGAUGUGAACAGGUUUUACAAGCAUUUUUUCCUUUCCACAAGGGUCUUGCUCCUUCCUCCCUGUAAGUAUUAGGGCUAGAGUUACAUACACCUGUUUGCAAGGAGCCCUGCUCAAGGAAAUUGUAGUUGCUUUCCUGACAUCUCAGCCUGGAGCCUCCUGAAGGCAUUUCCCCACCCCAGUGCCAGAGCUUUGCUUGUGUUCUGGCUCUUUGGAUAACUGCAAUAUGUAACAGCACCACUUAUGCUAACCUUUGCCAAAGGGCUGGCCUGGGCCUUGCUACCACUUACAGCUUUCACUCUUCCUACACUUCUUUUGGGGGAGUGUUGUACUACUGAUUAAGUAAUGUAAUGCUUGUCAGAAAUCUGGAGUGUUGUCAGACCUCUCUUUGAGGCCUAAAGCCUGGGAACAGUUGGGUUUCCAGAAGUCAGAACAGCAUGGUCUUGAAGUGACUUAGAUGAAUGGAUCUAGGGGAUGCAAGAGCUGAGCUUGGUAGCGGGAGUAUCCUUGAGAGAAAGUGUCUUGUUUUAUCACAGCACUGACAAGGAGCUAAACUUUCUGAAAUAUUGCAUAUUUAAUUUUGUUAGAACCAGGCUUAUUCUUUCCUGUGAACUUGUUAGAAACAUAAUGGAGUUUAGCUCUACCAGCUUUUUGUUGCAGUUUUGCUGUGCCACAUCCUGAAAUAAGCAGAGCUAUUUUGGUGGCAGAGAACGGGUUCUUAACCCGUCUUAAUCAGCUCUUCUGUCUAGUUAAAGCAGUGUUAAUCCUCGAAGCACCACCCACAAGCAACUUAACUCAGGCCUUACAGGUUCCUAAUUGUACAUCUUUAACUGUGAUGUAACUUGCAAGGUCUAUCUGUACCACCACAGUCUGUUUUUCGCUAUGCUGUACAGCCAGGAGGACAAACCACAAGAAGGUGGCAGAACUUGCUGCUGAGCCAAGAGAAGAUUAAUCCAGGAUAAGAUGCCAGUUUCCACAGUGCAGUGCGACGCCUGUCCGUUCCCUUGCACUGCAGCUACAUGCAACAAUUGAAAUUAACAGCAGUAGCAAGCCAAGCACCCUUUUGAAUGUGUCCUCUGCUCAUUUCUGUGUGGCUGUAAAUUAACAUUUAGUGUAUGGAUGCUAACGAUGAUGUUAGCUGUAAAGGUAACAGUUACCUGUAAAUAAUAUGGGCCACUUGGAAGCCACAAACUGCCUUUGCAUAAUGUUUGUUAUGCAGAGGACUGAAAGUUCAGAUGCCACUGUGAAUCAUAUGAUAAACAGAAGUAGCGUUCAGCAAGGGAAACUGAAUGUCAGGUUUUAUUAAAGUGGAUGAAAUACGGGAUUAAAAAAAAAAAAUAUGACUAGGAUGCACCCUCACCAUGACUUUGGUCAGUUGAUUGAUCAGUUAAUUCAAAAUAACUGGAAAGCUCUUGAGAAUAAUUAGCAGCUUCAUACAGAGAACAUUCAAUAGGUGGACAGACUUGAGCCUUUUUAGAUGG